AUGAUUGGAGCUGCUGGUCUGAAAGGGCCCGGUGUGGCUGCUGCCAUUUUCCGGCAACGGGUGACUGCGGUUCCCCAAUCCACUCGAUCCAUAUCAACCGUUCGGUCGCUGCGCCUUCGAGUUCCCGGUCAAGUAAGCCAAUUGACUUUGGCAUCUUCUGGGGUCACCUGGCGCAAAGCAUCUCUUGCUGCUGGCCCGGCCGCGAUCCGUUUCAAGUCCUCCAUGCCCGAGCCGGCACCCCCUCCCGUUCACGAGACCACGACCAGCCCAACCGGAAUUGUUGAAUCGACAGACCUGUCCGAUUUUGAUCUCUCGACACUCCCCGAAAGAAUCGGAUAUCUGAAGGGAGAUCUUGGAUUGGACUAUGGCUGGGGUACCUCCGCGUUCACGCAAUGGAUAAUUGAACAUAUUCACAUCUGGGGAGGACUGCCAUGGUGGGCUGCCAUUAUCGGUACUGGCUUUUUAAUCCGCGCUUCCUUGCUUCCAUUCAUGCUCGGUGCUUCCGAUCAAGGUGCCAGAAUGCACAACUUGAAGCCCGUGAUUACUCCGCUGCGCGAAGAUAUGAUGCGCGAGUUGCAAGGCGGAAACCAAACUGUGGGUCAGCAGAAGAGGGCCGAGAUGCAGGAAAUCCACAAGGCACAUGGCAUCAAGUGGUGGAAAACAGUGCUUCCCAUGCUACAGAUUCCACUUGGUUUCGGUAUUUUCAGAGCCACUCGGGGCAUGACCAGCCUACCUUUGCCAGGUUUGUUGGAUGAGUCCUUCUUCUGGAUCAAGGACCUCACACUGUGCGAUCCCUACUACUUUCUUCCCAUGAUGACUUCGGCUGCCAUGUACUUGACAUUCAAGAAAGGAGGCGAGUCCGGUACGAUGGACAUUUUGAAAGGCCCUGGCAAAGCCAUUCUUUAUGUUUUCCCUGCAUUCUCUUUCCUUUUCAUGGCCUGGCAGCCGGCGGCUCUGCAACUUUAUUUCGUGACUACCGGUAUCUUUGCCUUGGCUCAGUCCAGUGUAUUGCACGAACGCUGGUUCCGAAACAUGUUCAAUCUGACCAUCCCCACUAUUGCUCCCACCGGUCCCGCGUCUAAAAGGGGCCCAAGUACAGCCCUGACGCGACUUCAGGAUCGCAUUGCAGAGGAAAAGCGCCUCUUGGCCGAGUCCCAGAACCCGACCCAGAAAGAUGAAGCCCCGAAAAGCUAUACAAACGUCAGUUCUAUUGAUCAAUUCCUCGAUAAGUCAAAGAAGGGAUUGAGCAACUGGCAAACCGAGGCCUCAAAGUCAAUCAAGUCUAUGAAGGGCCAACCUACAACGAAUCGCGACGGCUCACCCAUUGAACCACCUCGGAUGUCCGAGGCGCAGCACAGAAAGGCCGAAGAAUAUGAGAGAGAGAGACAGUCGGCUGAUGCCUUUGCUCGCGAAGAGCGCAACGAAGCUCGCCGCCAAGCCCAUCUGAAGGCGCUUGCCGCUGAGCGGGAGAAGGCGAAGGCUUCUUGGCAGAAGCAGCGUGAGGCCGCGGUCAACAACCAGAUUCGGCGAAAGUGA